AGUGAGGUUCAGUUUUGACUUUUGUUUGAACUAGUUUGAAGAUUUUGUUUAUAACUUUCAUAAUUAAAAUACCUACAAUAUCUUUUUAAGCAUACAAACUCAUUAAGUCAUAAAUAAAUCAUGAAUGAUGAUGAUGAUCCUAAAGAAUACCGCUGGGAGACGGGUUAUGAGAAGACUUGGGAAGCAAUCAAAGAAGACGAUGAAGGGUUUUUGGAAGCCUCCGUAGCAGAUAUAAUUUUAAGAGCAAAAAGAAAAAGACAGGCUCAAAAACAAAGUAGUCAGAAACUGGGUAUGAUGAGACAUUUGUAUUUACUUCUCGAUUGUUCAGAAUCUAUGUCCAGUCAGGAUCUAAAACCAACUCGAAUGAUUUGUACAUUAAAAAUAUUAGAAGGAUUUAUUGAAGAGUUUUUUGAUCAAAACCCUAUAAGUCAAUUAGGGAUAAUACUAAUGCAGAACAAAAGAGCUGAUAAAGUUAGUGAACUUGCUGGAAAUUUUCGCAAGCAUAUUAAAUAUUUACAGUCAUUAUCAAAAACCAAUUUAGUUGGGGAACCAUCUCUACAAAAUGGACUGGAAGUUGCUAUAUCUUCUUUAAAAUUACUACCAGCACAUGCAAGCCGGGAGAUACUAAUUAUUUUAGGAAGUCUUACUACCUGUGAUCCAGGUGAUAUUAAUACAACUAUUACUAAAUUAAAACAAGAAGGUAUUAGAUGUUCAAUUAUUGGCUUAGCUGCGGAAGUCCAUGUAUGUAGGCAAUUGGCAAAUGAAACCAAAGGAACAUACAGUGUUAUUUUAGACGAUUGCCAUUUUAAAGAUCUGUUGUAUCAACAAGUUGAACCGCCUCCAGCUGCUGUUGCACUUGAAUCCAGUUUAAUUAAAAUGGGAUUCCCACACCAAAUGAAUACUGAAGGUACUGAUGAACCCCUAACAAUGUGUAUGUGUCACGUAGAUAGCAUUGAGGAAGGCAGUAAAUUGACCACAGGGGGCUAUUACUGUCCUCAAUGUUUGAGCAAAUAUUGUGAACUACCUGUCGAAUGUAGAGCUUGCGGUUUGACAUUGGUGUCAGCACCGCACUUGGCCAGAUCGUACCAUCAUUUGUUUCCAGCUGCCAAUUAUACUGAAUUGGCAGUAUCAAAUCAGAACAGAUUUUGUUACGCCUGUCAAAAACCAUUUGGAGAUCAAGAUAAACAGAUUUAUGAGUGUCCAAGUUGCAAGAAAAUAUUUUGCAUAGAUUGUGAUAUUUUCAUACAUGAUAUUUUACACACUUGUCCGGGAUGUGCUACAGAUUUAGCUACAUUUCAGAUCACACGCAAUUAAUUUAUUUCAGUAACAUUCCACUACAUUUCUAAUUUCUACAUACAGAAUCUGGCAACAGUGCGUCGGGCGUCUGUAGCUCCUAAAGUAAAAAUCUUAGGAAUUUUGUUUAAAUGCUGAUCUAAAGUAGUAUGUAUUAGGAUGUAUUUCAGGAAAAUUAAGUGUGAAUGGAUAGGGAUGAUUUUUUUUUAAAUGGAACACCAUGUAUAUUAUUUUUUC